AUGAAGAUGGAGCUCACCAGAGUCAACAUGGUGUUUGCAGCUGCAGGGUUUCUGCUCAUCUGGGCCAGCGUAGGCUUUGCUGCACCUCUGGAGUGCCACUUUGACUCUCGAGCUGUGUGCGAGUUCGAGGGGAAGCGGUACUCCCUGGGGGACACCUGGAUGGACGACGCUUGCAUGCAGUGCACCUGUCUGCACCCCGUUGGUGUUGGUUGCUGCGAGACGGUGCAUCGGCCGGUGGACUUCCCCGCGUGGUGCGAGGUGCGGGUCGAGCCGGUGACUUGCAAAGCGUUUCUGGUCCAGUCGGCCGACCCCCGCUUGCCGUGCUCCUCAGAUGAAACAAACAGGGACCCGAGCCAUGGAUCUCUUCAGCUGCAGUGA